AUCAAAUUAAACAUGGCGCCCGCUAGGUUAUUGUCGUGAGUGAUAAUUUAUUUUCUGGUGUUAAUGUGAAAAUUUCACAGGUUUUCCGUGCCGAUGCGGAGCGCGGCGUGUGCGGGAAGGCGUCCCGGCCUCGUACGCCCCGAUUUAAAUGUAACCCGUCAUUCAAAAGCCGAUAAAUAAUAUAAAUGAAAUUGCAUAAACAGUGGGUUGUGGGUAUACACACCCUGACGCGAGGUCCCUCGAGUAUAUCUCGGCUUUAUGGGUUUCUUCUACAAUUGUGACGUAGUUAUUAGUUUGAUAUUGACUCUAGUUCGCUUUUACAAACAAAUACUGUGGCUGCUUGGUGAAAAUUUUAUAUUUAAAGAUGAAAGUGCCGAGCUUUGGUACAGUGUUUUCUUCUAUGGGAUAAGAGCCACCAUCGGCUGCUCGCAGUUCACUUUGAAUCAUAGCGGAAAGGCUCGUGCCUUAUGCCGCCUGCCGGGCUUUCGGCACGAGGUUUGUCUACUUUGAUGGACCACGGACAUCCGGACGCUCGUCAUCAGAGCGAGCGAUUUUCACAUUAUCCGGAGAAUGGCUCCAUACGCUACCAGACUCAAAGCAAUACCAAUUCACCAAGAUAUCAGCAGACUAACAGAAGCACCAAUCACUGGACUAGCCACGGGUAUCCGUACGCACGCGCUUCAAACAAUAACAUGUCGGACAGCAGCGUUUCUGACACACACAGUGGUGGAACGGCUAGAACCGUAUCGCAGCAGACGAGUCCAUCUCAUGGGACAUAUUCUUCAUCACAAUCUCGAAAUGAUAAUAGCUCUAAUAUUUUCACCGCUCUAUUUGAUUAUGUUGCUCAGGGUGAAGAUGAGCUAACACUUCAGAGAGGUGAAACGGUUGAGGUUCUAUCAAAGGAUUCCAAAAUUUCUGGCGAUGAAGGAUGGUGGACUGGUAAAAUUCACGGAAAAGUCGGAAUAUUUCCGGCAAACUUUGUCGCUAAAGCGGAAAGUAUUGAUAAAGUUUCAUCAGUGAUUGACAAAGUUCAGCCAGUAGAAAUAGACUUUGACGAACUACAACUAGAAGAAGUAAUAGGUGUUGGAGGCUUUGGCAAGGUGUAUAGAGGAUACUGGCAAAAACAUGAAGUAGCUGUCAAGGCAGCUCGCCAAGAUCCUGAUGAAGAGCCCAGCGUAACAUUAGCUAAUGUGAGGCAGGAGGCAAAAUUAUUUUGGCUUUUAAAACAUGAAAAUAUUGUGUCACUUGAAGGAGUUUGCUUAAAAAUGCCCAACAUGUGUCUGGUAAUGGAAUAUGCAAGAGGAGGGAGUCUGAAUAGGGUUCUUAGCGGUAGAAAAAUUCGACCUGAUGUUUUAGUCGACUGGGCGAUACAGAUUGCUCGUGGGAUGGAUUAUUUACACAAUAAAGCUCCAAUCAGCUUAAUUCACAGAGACUUAAAAAGUUCAAACGUAUUGUUGAGCGAGCCAAUUGAAAAUGAUGAUCUUCAGUAUAAAACGCUAAAAAUCACCGACUUUGGCUUGGCAAGGGAGGUCUACAAAACUACACGUAUGUCAGCAGCUGGUACUUACGCCUGGAUGGCACCAGAGGUCAUAAGAGAGAGUACAUUCAGUAAGGCCAGCGAUGUUUGGAGCUAUGGUGUAUUAUUGUGGGAGCUUCUUACCGGAGAAACACCUUACAAGGGUAUCGAUGCUUUGGCAAUAGCAUAUGGUGUAGCUAUUAAUAAGUUAACUUUGCCUAUCGCCACAACAUGUCCACAACCUUGGCGAGUCCUCAUGGAAGCUUGCUGGGCAUCGGACAGCCACGAGAGGCCUUGUUUUUCGGAAAUUUUAGUAGCUCUUGACGAAGUGCGCAGUGCAUUUGCGGAAACACCACACGAGUCUUUCCACACAAUGCAAGAAAACUGGCGUGUUGAGAUAGAGGAGGUUCUUCACGGACUGCGCAUGAAGGAGAAGGUAUGUCGGUCUCUAGAAGAGGAAUUGCGCUGUAGAGAAGAAGAGUUGUCAAAAGCACAAGUGCAACAACGGCAACACGAAGAAAAUUUGCGACAACGAGAGCAAGAACUGGAAGCUCGUGAGAUAGAGUUACUAGGACGUGAAUUGACUGUUAUGAUCAUACAGCAACAAAAUACCCCCACGCCAAAUAAAAGGCUGGGCAAAUUUAAGAAAUCCCGAUUAAAAUUAAAUAAGAAAGAACCAGGUUCCAACAUCAGCUUUCCAUCUGAUUUUCGCCACACCAUAACCGUUCAACAUACAGCUUUGGAUCGGGGCAAAAAUCGGAACCCUUCGAGACCCAACAGUCCUCCUGGAUCACCAAGUAUUCCAAGACUUAGAGCAAUUGCCUUACCAGCAGACGGUAUCAAAGGCAAAACUUGGGGUCCGUCCACAUUGCACCAGCGUGAACGUGGAGCCAUAAUUACUCAGCCCCCAAAUCCUGCUUCACCUGGUGAUAAGCGAUGGUCUCGGUCUGCGCCCGAUCUUGAAAAAGCUCCACUUCGUACCGCUCUGUUGGCAAGUGCGCAGCGGUCACCUCUUCUACAGGAAAUAGACUACACAGCAUUGCCUACCGAACUUCCGAACGACUGGAUGACUUCAGAUUAUCCCAUUAAACCUGGCCUUACUGGGCCCUACAUUAUGCCAAUGCCGGUUCCUAUGCCUACACUGUACAACGGGGAAGUAAAGAAACCUAAAUUAAGUAUUAUCGAACUGGUUUUAUAUAACAUCGCUGCUAUGCUUGCUGGUGUAGCAACAGGAUAUGACGUAAGAAUGUCAAAUGUGUCUCCAAUUCACCCUAAAUUACAACCGAAGCCCAGCAACUGCGAAGACGAACAAUCCAGAUGGUGGUUUCAAGCAGAUAAUGGUUCAGAUCAAAAUUCUGCUUACUUGGGUCCUGAUUACGAAUUUAGUUCAACCAGUGGCUAUCCUCAUAAUACGUAUCAUGGACCGGCACGACACUACAGGCCGUUCCUGAGUAAUAUGGGAGGUAUACCACCUGGCCUGCCUUCAAACGUGAUGCCCGAUAAACCAUUGCGCUUUACGGAUUCUCCACAACAUUAUGCAACAUCAGCCAAUACCAAUGCACCAACGCCUAGUCCUCGAAGAAAAAGUUCUAGUACAAGUAACGAUGAUACCUACUCUCCAGAAAUUGGCAGAAUCGAUCGAAUUGAACGAGUGCCAACCAUAUUCAUGGGAAAUAUUGCAGCAAUACCAGAUUAUGGUCCACCUGUUUAUGCUGUAGUCCCGACUGAGUACUAUAGACCUUCUGAGUCUCCAUAUUUUGUACAUUCGGAUUAUCACGAUAGAAUGCUGGAGUGUCCAGAAUUUCCGCACGCAUACGAUAAUCCCAGCAGCAUAAGUAGUCCUGCUCGACCUACACCAAGACUUCCACCAUAUACUCAUCAUCGUACAUCAUCUAACGUCUCAAAUGCAAGUACGUCUAGCCAAAGUAACGUUAAUCCAACAUUUCGUCUUGAAGAUGAAGCUGAUUACUCCCUGUAUUCGCCAAGCCAUUAUUAUCAACGAUCUUCAAACGCUAUGUCUAGUAUUUCUAGCUACAAUUCAAAUAUUUUAAAUCACGACUACAAUAAUGUCUACCUAACCAGACAAAAUUCACACGAGUCAAAUCCAAAUUCAAGUGAAAGACCUAGUAAUUUGGAGGUCGUUGGAAGACUUCGGUCUAGUCUGAAACGAUCAAACUACUCCUACACUUCGCCGAACAAGAACCCGAGUAAAAAUAAUUCAGGAUCUGGUACUCCAACCAAUCCUACACCACCAGACUCCCUAACUUCUGAGGAUUCUAGUUACGUUUCAGCGAAAGACAGCCAAAUUUCAAUCAGUAGGGUCAGAUUUUCACCAGUUACAUUUGCAAGAGAUAAUGUUACCAGAGAUCAUAGAGAAACGCUGUUGGACAUACCAGUUCAUGGCCAAAGUCAAGAUAUCACAGUACCAUUGCAAGCCAACCGAAGGCUCAGUCGAAGCCGUAAACCAAGCAUUUCAGAAUUAGAACGGGAAUUUUUAUCAUAGCAUUGGCUUAUUUAAAGAGUACCGAGUGAACAAUAAGCUAUCACUGCUGCUCUUGGUUGUUCGAAAUUGGCGAGCCUAUGAUCAUUUGUUAGUGGUGGAAGGGUUGUGAGCAAGAUACAAUGUCAGACUUUCUUCGUAUAUAAAUCUCCCAGUCUUCAACUGAAGGUAAUUCCAUGUAUUCGUAAACCAGCAACUUGAGUAUCGAGCAGCAGGAGAUCAAAUGUAUUCAAGUAACAUAUUUCAUGCAAAAUACAAUCAAAAACAUUGAUUCUCAACAUUUUGCAGGUAAAGUAGUUUCGAAUUAUAUGAAUUGCGAUAACUACUGCUUGCAACCAUUUCACGGUGACACAAUACUUAAAUACCUGUAUUCUGAACUCAUAGUGCCAUAAUGUGAUGAAAAUACAUUAUAGGUGUAAGAGCUGGAAUAUGGAUUAAACACUGCCCUUUGUAAGAAAAUAUUUAUGCAAAGUCUUCUUGUAUAGUGUCAUUUUAUGGUAAAUACUUGAUAUAUGAAUCAUAUAAUGCAAUACUUAUGUUCAUUGCUUGAAAUGAAUAAUGAUCGCUGUAGAAUAACUAAGAAUUGUUUUGCAUCAGUGUUUGAAUAUGGCAGUUAGUAUAUGAUGUGUGUCAGAUGAUAGUGGGCUCAACAUUUUUUAUGUACUUUGAUAAUAUUGAUAAAAGCUGAUUUUAUGAAAACAUUCUCGCCACCGUUACGAAAUUAUGGGUUUCAAAUUUUAUAAUAUUGCAAGAUGUAGCUUCUUGAAAAUUUCAAGCUAUCUUAUACUAUUUUUGAGUUCUAUAAAUAUGCAACGUCGUGUUUUCACUGACAUUCCAGAAUUUUGGCAUAAUUUUUACUUGUUAAAUGCUCUGGUAAUUUCAGCAAUUUAUUGAACGCAACUACUCACGUCAUUCCGGAUAUCAAAAUACCUUAAUUAUACAAACUCGCUUUUGUACUUUAUCAGCGAGGUUUCAAGCAUAUUUUGAGAUUAGCUAUAAUUUUAAUGAGAAUGUUUGGAAAUUCAUUGACAAAUAAUCUAACUUCUCGUAACAACGAUCAGCAUCAUUCCUUAUGCAAUUUCUCCAGAACUCAUUGUUAUUUAUUUCUGAUUCAUGAAUUUAUUUAUAGCCGAUUGUUUAUGGCUAUUAUCCCUAUCUUAUAUCAAUAAGUGUCAUCAAAAAAAUUAUUAGGUUCAAUUCAGGCAACAAAUUUUAAUCUUUUCCUUUAGCAAAUCCGAGUAAACGUUUAUCUCUUAUUACUAUCUGUUCACUCAUUUUUUGAUACAUGUGCCACAGGACGAACAUACAUUUGAUUACACAGAUACUUGUCGAUUUACGAUGAUGGUCCAUGAAGUACAUGUCAUUACAUAUACUCAUGGUAAUCUGCUAGGUUUGUCCAAUUGUGGAAAAUUUCACAAAACACUUUGAACAUGCUUACUUUAUAGUCAAGGACUUUUGUACUGUUGGUUGUACAAAUCUGUGUACAGUUUAGACUUCCAAAUCAAGUGUUGGAUGUGUGAUAAGACCUAGAACAUAUUAUAGCACUUUAUUGAUAAAAAACUGCAUUGUUACAUGAAUCGUUCUGGCGUAAAUAUGAUAAAACCUAAGAGUCGUUGGAUAGUUUGCUUUUAGAAUAACUUGACUCAAAAAAUGAUAAAAGUUUGUUCCAAGCAAAAAUUGCCUUAUUGAUAUCAGAAACUAUAUCGAUCCGACGACUAAGAAGACUGUUAUUUAAUUAUUGGCUGGGAUAUAAUUAUGCGUGAUGUGGCAUGCACAGAUUAUGUCACAUUCUGAUCUACGUAUGUAUAUAUAUGUAUGUAAACAUAUGCCAUUAACACAAUCAUCAUUUUUACAAGUCAAAUUGAAUCGUUCAUAUGUAGUUCUUGACAUUGAUUCAUGCUAGUUACAUUGUCCAUUGAAACACAUCUUUCGCUUGGUCUGAAGUACUCAAGAGUUUUGAUGUUAGUUUCAUGCACAUCAAUCUUCAUCGAUUUUUCGCAAGUUUAUAUCGAUACAAAGUACGAUGAAUUUAAUCAACAUAUAAGUCAUACUUUUUCAUUAGCAGUUGACGCAAUGCAUGUUGUAUAUAAUCAAUAGUAUUGAAGUUGUAAAUAUAAAUAUUUGAAUAGUUAGAAAUAAAAUUACAAUUCGUACAUUCCCUGUAGAAGUGAAGGGAGUACUAACCUUCGUUAAUUAAUACGUACUUGGUGGAAAAUAAUUUUCAUUUUCAACUAAUCAUUGUUGAUUUGAAAGUAGAGACCAAUCAAAAGCCCUACACAAUAUUUGGCAAUAUUCUGCACUGCAUUUCGUUUAAAUCAAAAUCUAUUUUAUUUUAUUUUUCUCCAUACAUGUUAUACGAAUUCUACAACUAUAUGGAAUAUUAUAGUGUAUGAUUAAAUUACGAAUUUAGUAAUCAAGCUAUUUUCUUUCUCAUUUGAAUUUGAAUAAUUCGAAGUGUGAUGAAAGGUGAACAUCAGUAUUGUUAUAGGAUAUGCUGCAAUGUAUAUAGUUCUUAAGAAUAAAUUAUCAAUAUAGAGGCCAAGUUCUUCGGGAAGAUUGUGCAUUGUAUAAUCUGUUUAAUGAUUUCAAGUCAAAAAUUACAAUGAUCUUUCAACGCAGGUGAAUUUUUGAAAUAAUGGCUUCAGUUUCAGAAGCUUGGUAUUUUUACUACUUCAAAAAUUUCGACCUCUAAAUUCAUCAAAUAAUUCAUAUAUUAACUGAACUUGCUGAAUAUAUGAGUAUAGUUCAGUCUUGCAAAUGACCACAAUAUAACGACUGGAUUGAUUCUUCUAAACAUUUUUGAAAUACUUAUUCAAUCUAAUUUAUGUAUAUUAGAAAUUCUGGCAUCAAACGCAAAGUAUUUGACCCUAUCUAAGCAUCUCUGCUGUUUUUCGUUCAUCAGUCACAUUUGAUUAUUGACAAUACAUUUGAUCUCAGUGAGGCUUGUGGAUGUUACCCACUAUUUGCUUCUCUAGCAAUAUAUUAACACAUUGUGCUUGCGUUCAUAAGUUGUAGUAAAUCAUGAAUUUAUAGUACUAUACAUACAUUCAUUGUUAGCUGCUUAUAAUAUGUGUAUGUAAGUUGUAUCUUAUUUCAAUAUUAACCAAAUUAUAGUUAUCUCAUUGGCAGCUAAUGUAGGUGAACUUCAAUCAAUCCAGUUGUCACAGGUAUUUUGGACUCGGUAUUGGUGAAUGUAAUGAAAAUUGAAUUCUUGAAGAACAGUUUGUCUGUACUGCGUAAAAAUAUUCUGCGGUGCUAAAAAUGGCGUACUUAAUUUGUCUUAGUAACUUAAAAAUUCAAAAUGCUUCCAAGAAACACUUGAAUUAUUGAAAAAAAAUUUCUAUAAUUGAUUGCUAAUGAUAAUAACAUAAAGAAUAAUAAUAAUUUAAUUACAAAUAAUACUCGGCAGCUAUGAACGUGGUAAUUGUGUAAUGGCGCUCGUUCGCCGAACGUGCUAGUCUAAGCUAUAUUUAUUUUUUAUAUUACAAUUCAUUUAGUUUUGUGAGUAAUUAUAUUAAUCGCAUAUUCAAUUGAAUUCAAUCAUAAUGGCUUAGUUUUAAGGUAUUUUACAAAUGUAUGGAUGGAAAGUGCUGAAUGUUAGUGCAAUAGAGACAAGAAUCAAGAGAAUAGGAACACCAUCAGAUGUAUCAGUUGGAAAACUUUUUUUCACCUAUUUUCCCUGAAGUAACAGAGUAGGGUAUUGCACUGGUACUUUGAACGAUUUUUAUGAUAUAUUACAAAUUAUCUCCUAUUCCAGAUUUUUCGUAACGUUCAGCACUUCCAACAGCACUGUACUUAUAUUCUACCAUGUAGAUAAUUUCAGAAAUAACUUAUUUUCAAACUACAUUCCUUUUGGUAUUGUAACUGAUACAAUAUUAAAAUGAAACAUAGUGAUAUGAAGCCUAUACAUAUGUAUAUUGAAAAUACCAUCUUCAGUUGCAGAGCAUCUGAUAAAUUGUAUACAAAUUAUUAAUGCUUACUUGGACAUCAAUUGAAAGCUUGAUGGUCAAUGUCUAUAAUGACUGUACAUAUAUAGAAUUCUAAUUAUUUUGGUCAGCUGUAACCAGAAAAACCAUGAUGUAUACUGUUUGUGAUGCUCUGCUCAUUGUUAGUCUUUGGAUAUUGUGGCCAUUCCCCUAUAGAAUCAGUCCACUGUGUAUCAUAAGUGAUUUGAAAUGAUUCAAUAUGUAUCAAUUAGAGGACAAGAAUCGUAACAAGUGGAAAUAUCUGAUAUUUACCACACAACAAAUGGCUAUUAUUAUUAAAACAAUAAAAUUUAGCCUUGAAGCUUAGAUGACACUUCCAUUGUACUGAAACAACAUUUCCUAUCAUCCAUCUUAUAGCAGUGGAGAUUCUAGUUCUAAUUCAGGAAUGGAAAAAUGACAGUAUAAAGAAAACUAUAUUAUUUACAGAAGGUGUAUUGGCUUUUUACAAAGCCAAACGUUUCCAGAAAAUGCACUUAUAGUGAUGGUAAUUUGUGUAGUCUGAAACUUUUUUGUACAGCAAUAUGAGCAUAGUCAGCUACAUGAACAGUAGCAACCAAUUAGCCUAAUAUAUUUACAUCGCUACCUUCUAACUUUCAACUUUUGGUUUUCUUUUUUUCAUAGAGAAAUUACCUCUCUGCAUUUUAAGAUAGAGAUGAUAGCACUUGCCACUGUUGUUACAUUAAUGGAAAUAUCGAAUCACUUAAAGCAUGCAUUCUGAUUGAGUCAUAUCUUAAAUCUAUUCUUAUAGACUGCAAGUGUGAAUAAUCAUGUCAUAUUACAAUCUUACAUUUGUUUUACAGAUUGAAAAUAUAGUCUGCAAAUAUUUUCUCUCUUCUACUAUGACAGAAAGCAAGAAAACCCUAUUGAUUUCAGGUUUUGAAAGACUGGGCAGUCAUGUUACCAUUGAUUUGAAAUGGAUAGAAAGGAAAUUGCUUAGUAAGGACAAGGCACAGAUGUAAAAUCUAAUAUUGGCUAAUCAAUGCUGCUGAUUUUAACUCAUGACUCAUGUAUUCUUGAUGUAAAAUAAAAUAUUAGGGUAUUCUUGAACAAAAAGUAGUGAAUUGCGUUACAGCAUUUGCACUGUUUCAAAUUUAUCUCUAGUUUAAGAGCUUGUUUAGAAUUUGAACAAUGUGAUAAUAUUCGUGUGUUGUGCAAAUCAGUUCCAAAUUUACAGAUUAUUGUUUUUCAAAUGGAAAUGAAAACCAUGAAAUAAUUUAAAUACCAAUGAGAUUCUACAAAUAGUACAUUGGAAAAAGAAAAUUAUAAUGUGUCCUUAUUUUGUACAAACAAGAUUAUAAGAUUUUACUAAGCUUUUAUGCGAUGUCUCAUAGUGUUAAUAUUUUGAUCCGAGUGCUGUGAGAUAUUGAAGAAAUAGUUCCCUUGGAUUUUCAUACAUAAUAUUCAAACGAAUUGUUAAUUCUGAAAUUUUUUCCGUACUGUAUUAGAAAAAAGAACACUACAGAUAACAGAACGUACGCAACGCUGUCUGAUCUGCACUAAAAAUUAAUGUAUUUUUCCAAGUAUUGUACAUUACAUUAUAAAUAUAAAUACUUAAUUAUACAAAUUAUAAAUAGCAACCUCAAUAUAUUAUAAUUAUUAAUUAUGGUAAUAAUAAAACAUCUCGUCAUCCUGUAGGUGACGUGCGCAUUAUGAAUAAACAAUUUGAAAUAAUA